AUGAUUCCGGGCCCAAAACAACCAGGAAACGACAUAGAUGUUUAUCUAAGUCCACUGAUUGAUGAUUUAAGAUUGUUGUGGGAGCAAGGAGUUGAUGUUCUUGAUGCGUAUUCCGGUGAACAUUUCAAUAUGCGUGCCAUGUUGUUUUGCACCAUCAACGACUUUCCGGCAUAUGGUAAUUUGUCUGGUUACAGUGUUAAAGGGCAUAAAGCGUGUCCUAUUUGUGAGAAAGAUACAAGUUACCAUCAACUUAAUAAUGGAAGGAAGACUGUUUAUCUUGGGCAUCGAAAAUUCUUAGACCGUUAUCAUCCAUAUCGUAAAAUGAAGAAAGCUUUCAACGGAAAAGCAGAGCAUGGUCUUGCUCCAAAACCCUUGACUGGAGAGGAAGUUUAUCAACGACAACAACAUGUGAAUGUUGUCUUUGGAAAGAAACAAAAGAAGCCUGCUGAAAAAAAUAUAUGGAAAAAGAGGUCGGUGUUCUUUGAUCUUCCAUAUUGGUCAAGUCUUGAUGUAAGACAUUGUAUUGAUUUGAUGCAUGUAGAGAAAAAUGUUUGUGAUAGUCUCAUUGGAACACUUCUUCACAUUAAAGGAAAGACAAAAGAUGGGUUAAGUGCUCGUUUGGAUUUGGCUGAUAUGGGUAUACGACAGCAAUUAACUCCACAACAGAUAGGUAACAAGACAUAUUUGCCUCCAGCAUGUCACACUUUGUCUAAAAAAGAGAAAAUAAGUUUUUGUGAGUGUUUAGAGGGUAUCAAAGUACCGCAAGGUUACUCAUCAAAUAUCAAGAGACUUGUAUCAAUGAAAGAUCUCAAGUUAAAUGGCUUAAAAUCCCAUGACUUUCAUGUUCUGAUGCAGCAACUACUACCAGUUGCUAUUCGUGGAAUACUGCCUAUUAAAGUUAGGAAAACUAUAACUAGGCUGUGCUUAUUCUUCAAUGCAAUAUGUAGUAAAGUCAUUGAUCCAUCGAAGUUAGACGAGUUGGAAAAUGAGGCUGCAGUCAUCUUGUGUCAGUUGGAGAUGCAUUUUCCUCCUUCAUUUUUUGACAUUAUGGAACACUUGAUUGUUCAUUUGGUAAGGGAGAUUAGAUUGUGUGGUCCAGUUUGUUUAAGGUGGAUGUAUCCAGUAGAGCGGUACAUGAAGAUCCUAAAAGGAUAUACUAUGAAUCCCUACCGUCCUGAAGCUUCGAUUGUUGAAAGGUACAUUGCAGAAGAAGCUAUUGAGUUUUGUUCAAACUAUUUGUCAGAAGUGGAUGCUAUAGGGGUUCCAAAGUCUCGUCAUGAUGGAAGAUGUGAAGGUAUGGGUACGCAAGGUUUAAAUGUCAAGUGCAUGACUUGGAAGGUACUUCAUCCAGCGCAUUUGUAUAUAUUGAAUAACACCGAUGAAGUUCAACCUUACUUAGCUGCCCACAAAAGCUUUCUAAAGGAAAGCUACCCCAAGAUGAAUGAAAAAGUGUUGUUAAAAGAGCAUAAUAAGAGUUUCUCUGAAUGGUUUAAAGAAAGAAUUGCUAAUGAUGAUAGUGCUUCUGAUACAAUAAAACGACUCUCACUUGAACCUAAAUGUAAUGUUAUGACUUGGAGUGCAUAUGAUAUUAAUAAAACUUCUUUUUAUACAAAAUCAAAGGAUGAUAGAAGUACUAUGCAAAAUAGUGGGGUUAUGGUUGUGGCUGAGUCCAUGCACUUCUCUAGUUCAAAAGAUAAAAGACCUAUUAUGGCAUCUACACCUGGUGUAAGAAUUGAUGAAUUUGGAUACACACUGGUUGAUCUUUCCAAGGUAGCUUAUAGGGAUGAACCUUUCAUUAUGGCAUCCCAAGCAAAACAAGUGUUUUAUGUCACAGAUCCUUCUAACAAAAGGUGGUCGGUGGCUCUACAACCAAAAACCACACAUGGUAGUGAUGAAACCCUUCAUAUUUCUGAGAUUCCUUCUUCUGCAACAAAUGUGCUUACCUCCAAUGAAGAAAAUGAAGAAAAUGAAGUAGACGAUGUGCAAGUUACUCGUUUGGAUCAUGAAGAAGGGAUAUGGGAGAGUUAG